GGCAAGCCGCGGCUCAUUGCAGCGGCGCUUUCGAAAGCCGCGAAUCACGGCUGCAAGGGAGCGCAUUCCUCGGAAGCUCGCUUCGGCUCUUGCAGCUUGAGUCACGCUGCGCUUGCAGUGAGAACCCCCGGGCAUCUCUCGGCGUCGCUCAGCGUCUUGUCUGCGCAGCGUCUCGACCCCGGCAACAGCCAUGGAAGCGGUCACGUUCGCAGAUACGGAACAAGAAGUCACUUCGCUGACCCAGCAGUUCAUCAUGGUCAGCUCCAUGUACUGCCAGCUGCUCGUCGUCAUUUGCGUGGUGUUCUUCACAUCCGAAGUGGUGACGUUUAGGGUGCCCCUCUACUACUUCGAGGGCUUCUACAUGUACCUGUACAGCGUGAGCCUGCUGUUCCUGCUGUACGUGUACAUCUACCUGCUGCGGCGCCCUCCGGCUGGUUCCGGCGGCCCGUACAAGUGCCCCAAGAAGAUCACAAUCCUCGAGAACUUGCGACGCACCGUGGGCGACAAGGCGCAGCCCAACAAGGGAAUGGACGCCGCCUCCGUGGGCGCCCAGAGCGGUGGCGUGCCACCCAGGCUGAAGAAACAGCGCAUCUCUGAAAACGACCGCAGUCACGGGAGCCUCUUCCUAAGGAUCGGCGCCAUUGCUUUCGGUCUGGGGACAAUGGUGUACAACGGCUUGGAGUUCGGCUCGUUCUUCGAGAUUCCAUCCACGUCGCCUUGCUACAGCGUACUGCUAGGAAUCAACCCGGUCCUGCAAAUGGUUUUCACGUUUGCUCAAAUGUACUUUAUCUUCAUGAAUGCAAGGCUGAACAUCCACAAGUUUAAAGUGGUCGCCAGGUUCGGCCUCAUGCACGUCGUGGCCACCAACAUAUGCGUUUGGAUACGCACUCUUGGAAAAGAGACUCUGCAGGAAAUCAACGAGCACCACCUCAAAAAUGGUCGUGGCAGCACACUGGAAGAGCUAAUAUUGCCCUUCAGGGUGCAGCGAAGCCGCUUUUCCCAGGAAAACACGUCGCAGAACUUCACCAACCCGUGUGAAAAGCAGGACAUCAUGGGCACCAUUGUGUCCGACUCGUCUCCGUUCCUGUACCCAUUCAUUGUCGAGUAUAGCCUCAUCAGCGCGGCCGUGCUGUAUGUCAUGUGGAAGAACAUCGGCAAGGAUCCCGUCUACCACGUCGAGAACAGCCACGACGAUGGCAUAUCGCGCACGUCCAGCCUCCAGGCGGGCUCCAAGGUCAACUGCACAGGCUCCAGCAAGGGUCUGUUCUUUGGCCUCCUGGUGCUCGUCUGUUCUACCAUCUGUCUCAUUGUUUUCUUCGUGCUGAUCCAGCAUGAGCGAUACGCGAUGCUGGCCAUCUACCUGUCUGACCUUUCGCAUUGCGGCAUCAAGGUGCUGACCAUCGGGGCCAUAACGAUCGGUUUCUUCCGCAUCAAGUCGCUUCGAUUUCACCCCGACCGGAAGGAUCACUUACGCAGCAUACUGCUCAGUGUGGCUGCAUUCGGACUCUACGUUUAUGCCAUGUUUGGCAUCAUAGCCGGAAGCCUGCUGCCCAAAGACCACAUCCCGAACCUUCUGGUGGUCACCAGCAUUCUGACUAUCGUCCAGGUGACGAUGCAGUCGCUGUUUAUUGCGGACAUAACCUGCCGUAUGACAUACCUGCCCGAGCACGACCACAGCAAGCCGGGCCGGCAGGUCAUCACGUUCUUGCUCAUCGGAAAUCUUACGCUCUGGAUCAUUUACACCUUUGAGAAGCAAAAGGUUGAGGCUAGCCCCGUGCAACUUGGCUUCUACGGGUUCAUGGCUUGGACAGUCAUCAUACGUGCCUCGCUACCUCUCAGCAUUUUCUACCGUUUUCACUCGUCUGUAACCUUCGCCGAGGUCUGGAAGAACUCUUACAGGAACAUGGGUAAUUGAAAAUUAAUGAGCCAAAUACUCGAGUAGCGUACAAAUGAAAUUGUUGGGUGCUGUAAUGUCUCUAUUUGUGGCAUACACAACUGUGUUGUUUGCAGCAUGGCAGCAAACUUUUAUGCCAGUGCUCGGUGAGAAUGCGGAAAAGGCAACACUCUGGAGUUACUGCUUUCUUAGGCUCAAUUUUUUACCAUUAAUAGAUGUAGAAUUCAGCUGUGGUGUUAUAUUGAGUGCAUGAUUGUAUAUUAUAAAUGGCUAGCAUUCGAGCCCCUCCUGUCUUGACAAUAAGCGUACAUUGCUAGUUUACAUUGUCAUGCAUAGUCAGUGCAAGUUUUUUUAUCAUGAUGAAUGGCUGCUCAUUCAAAUGUACAUAUCAUAGUUGUGUAUGUGAUGCGCUCGUGUACAUAUAGGUUAAUAACCAUUACUUGCAUGAAUGUUUGAUCAUUGUCCACACUCAUUGCCUGCAGCAAUACAAGUAGUACCGGAACCUUCUCUUCUGCAGACGAUUCAUACAUCAAAGCUGCUCACUUGCCAUAUGUUCCUUUGUGUCGAUAUGACAAAUAAAGAUGUGUUUGUCAUUCA